AUGGAAGCAUAUUAAUUUUUGGACAAUAUUGGAAAAGGAUCAUUUGCAAAAGUUUACAAAGUUCUUAGGAAGGCAGAUCAAAAGAUAUUUGUUGCCAAAGAGAUGGAGUAUGGUAGGAUGAGUGAGAAAGAAAAAUAACAAUUAGUAAAUGAAGUUAAUAUUUUGAGAGAACUCAAACAUCCAAACAUAAUCAAAUAUUAUGAUCGCAUCGUCGAUAAAUAGACAUAAAAGCUAUAUAUAAUAAUGGAAUAUUGUGAGGGUGGAGAUUUGGCAUAAUUUCUGAAGAAACUAAAAAAGGACAAAGAAUUCUUACCAGAAGAAUCUGUUUGGAAAAUAUUCUCUCAAAUAGUUUAGGCGUUGUGUGAAAUACAUAAAAGAUAAAAUAAAAUAUUACAUAGAGAUAUCAAACCAGCAAAUAUAUUUUUAGAUAAAACUGUGAAACUAGGAGAUUUUGGUUUGGCCAGAAUGUUAAACAUAAACAGCGAGUUUGCUCAUACUUAAGUGGGUACUCCGUAUUACAUGAGUCCAGAAUUGAUAGAAGAUCAUAAAUACAAUGAAAAGUCUGAUAUUUGGGCUUGUGGUUGUUUACUAUAUGAAAUGUGUUCCCUGUAACCACCUUUCCAAGCAUAAAACUAUUUAGCUUUAGCGAUGAAAAUCAAAUAGGCGCAAUUUGAUAAUGUCCCCUAACAAUAUACAUCCGAAAUGAAGCGUGUAAUCAGCUGGUGUUUGAGUGUGAAUCAGGAUUAGAGGCCAAGUGUUGAUGAUUUGUUGAAUUUGCCUAGAAUCUCAAUUCGAUUAAGGGAAAAAAGACUAAAAGAAAAUUCGCUGUUGCUUUCACAAAGAGAAGAGGAUUUAAAAAAGAAAUAGUAGUAAUUGGUUGAAUAUGAGCAAAGAUUGAAAGAAUUAGACACACAGAGAAACAAAGAGAAUGUUUAGAAUUGGCAAAAGGCUUAUAAGAAAAAUAAUGAUCGAUCAGAGAAUUCGUUAACUACAGACUAAGAUUCGGAUUAUAAGGAAUCUACUCUAGAGAAAUUGAUGUAAUGCAGAAGAUCAUUUUAAUUCAAAUGA